CUUCGAACGAUGGCACCUGCGAACCAGCAAUAUACGUUGGUAGGCUUCACGGAAGAUUUAGACUGGCAUCCGCUGCAGUUUGUGAAGUCCCUGCCCAGAAAUAAGCUGUGCAGUGUAUGCGGACUCGUACGCAAGACAACCGUGAAUCUCACUUGCGGUCACGUAGCGUGCCAUUUCUGUUACGAACAGUGCAAAACGGCCGACGGAUACGCUUGUCCGAUUGACGGUGAAAUCUGCUUGGAAGAGGACGUCGGCUGGAUUGACUUCCCUGCUGAAAAUCUGCUGAAGAGAGAGGUGAAAUGCUGGAACCAACGACAUGGGUGCCCACUUAUGAUGGCUGCCUCAGAAGUCCACAAGCACUUUCACCGAGAAUGUGGAUACCACUGUACACCCUGUCCAAGAUGCUCUACGAUGGUCUUAUGCCGUGACAUGGGCGAACAUUUGAGAGCUUCAUGCAACACCCAUGCAGCACCUCAAGCACCUGACGGCGAGGAAAAGUUAAGUGACGCUGUGGAGAAAGCAAUCUCAACUGUCGUCAGGAGGGUUGUGCAAGAGCAGGCUGGUGAAAUGAAGGCUCUUCUAGAGCGAGCACUUGGGGACAAUGGUGUACUUAAUGACAGCCUAACGGAAGUCUCCCAAAACAUGAACUCCCUAAGGGAAGCAGUGAUCCAAAGCAUUGCGCCUGUCGGACACAUUAGUGAAAUGACUCAUCGCGUGUUGGAUGGCAUCAACACAUUACAUGAAGCGCUUAACAGUGAAAUUGCUGACACAAUAAAGCAAAAUGCCGAAUUUCCUCGAGUUCGAGCUGCAAUAGAGAGCGCGAAGGAAGAUGCAGGAGCAAGCACGAAGACAAUUCUAGAGAUUCAGAAGAAGGCACUAGCAUAUCCUGAAAAAACUGAAGGGCGUUGUGACUUUUUCGUUUCAGGAAUAGCGUCGCUUGAAGCCAAGGCAGUGAAAGACGGCGACGCCGAUUAUUACUCUCCGAAGUUCUACCUUCGCGGUUACAACAUAUCACCUGGUGUUGAACUUAGAAGGGAGGAGGAAGAUAUGUUCCUUAAUUUAUUGCUUCAACUGCACAGGGGCGAGCACGACGAUGUGGUUCUGUGGCCAUUCGAGCAUAAGAUCAAGUUGACUAUUCGACACCCUCUGAAAAACGAAGAAAAAAAUGUUAUUCGUACGGCAACCCGUGGUUUUGAAAGCUUUAAGAAACCAACAAUGUCAAGCAACAGUCCUGUUUACUUCGGUAAUUGCUUUAAAUUAGGAGAUCUGAAAACUGGAGGCUACGUACGGGACGACAAGCUGCGUGUCCUGGUGGAGCUCCUCUAA